GCACACAACGACUAGCUAAGAUGAGUGUGAAAAACAGGUGCAUGCUGAUUUACAACGUGGCGUGCUGUUCCCUCUGGAUUAGUGUCCUCUUCGUAUCCUUGCAAUAUGUUAUUAACAAAGAGAAGUACCCCCUGAACAGCUUUUGGCCCAACUAUAAAAACUUGGUAACGGUGACUCAGUCGCUGGCCGUUCUGGAGAUUCUGUUCGCGCUGUUCGGCCUCAUCAACUCAGUGUUCUGCACCGUCGCCACGCAAGUGUGCAGCCGCCUAUUUGUCGUUUACCUCAUUUUUAACUACCUGCCCGAGAAUAACAAGUGGAUCUUCUCCUGUCUAAUCACAUGGGCCAUUAUCGACAUUAUUCGCUACCUGUUCUACUCCCUCAACCUGCUGAACAUUCACGUCAAUUUGUUGGCAUCCCUUCGGAAUAAGCUCCCCCUAAUAUUAUACCCAAUAGGAAUAACCUCCGAAGUGGUGUGCACCAUAGCGAGUCUCAAGAACAUCCGCUCCACCCCCUUCCUCAGGGCCUACCCCUACGCCAUGCCCAACAAUUUAAAUUUCCAAAUUGACAUUUACUACUUUUGUAUAUUCGUCCUGAUUCUUUAUAUUCCGGGGAGCAUUCUUCUCUACGCCUCCGCCAUGAGGAAAAGCAAAAAGGGAACACAAGGGACGGACAAGAAAUUGGAUCGAAGCGCCAAGAAGACGAUGUGAACAGGAAGGGAAUACAUUCGCUUGGGUCU